AUGGAUCUCCAAGACAACAAGGAUCGUAUGCGCCGCGGGGAGCUCUACCAUGCAUUCGUCCCUGACCUCACGGCCGAUCGGAUCCGUUGCGCCAGUGCCUGUCGCCGUUUCAACAAUGCAGGCGAAGUAUCUCGUCGGCAAUCACUCGAGCUGUGGAAGGAGAAUAGCAUCGUGGGCGAUGCCACGCCCCUCCCGCCGCCCAACGAGGACCCCGCCGAGGAUGAUAAGCUCUUGCAGAAAUACCCGUGGGUCGAGCCUCCGAUCCGUAUGGACUACGGAUACAACGUGAAAGUAGGAGAAGGCGCGUUUAUCAAUUUCGACUGUGUCAUUAUCGACACCUGUUUGGUGACGAUUGGGGCGCGUACCUUGUUCGGCCCCAAGGUCAGUCUAUAUAGUGGUACGCAUCCUCUCGAUCCGGCCGUGCGCAAGGGGCUGGAGGGACCCGAGUCGGGCAAAGAGAUCCAUAUCGGCGAGGAUUGCUGGUUGGCAGGGAAUGUGACCGUGCUGCCGGGGGUGACGAUCGGGAAAGGCGCCGUCAUUGGCGCUGGGAGUGUGGUGACCAAGGUAGGAAUUAUUUGA